CGCGCGCCCUAAAACUAGAGACUCCAAAGGCGGCGUAGAGAGAUGCAGAGUGAGUUCGCUGCGGCGGCGCUGCCUCUGCGAGCGCGCCUCCUUCACUUGCUCAUCGAAUCUGCUCAACAACUCCAAGUCGCUCCGAUAGUGAAAUACACCGCAUUGUCCCUCUUCGCUCAUCGAUUUUAUCCUCGAUGUUUGUCCCGGUUGGAGGAACGGGCAAAUGAUGUAGCAAACUGGCUUUUGUAUCCCUUGAGAGAAAGCAAUUUGCAGCUGUUUGCGCUUGUUUCGCUGUGGAUUUCAACGAAAAUACACACUUCUCCGCAUUUGUCUGUGAAGAUAUUCAAGUCUUUGGGGGACAGCAUCAUCAAGGAGCAACACUACGUUCGAGAUUACUUGGAAGCGGAGGUGGUUUUAAUGCAGGAAGUGAAUUUUGAGAUUGGCAUGAACAAUAUUGCUUUUGUACACUUUGAAGAGCUUCUGCUCCAAUUCAAGGGAGUCGCAAAAGUUGGGGAACUUGUGAACUUUGAAGCAGGCAUGGACAUCAUGGAUCUUCUUUACGAAAAGGAGGAGACAUCGAUGCUCUACACCAAUCCUCGCUCUCUCGCUGCAUCGGUCUUGGUUGCUUCAUAUAUCAUCACCGUACCUAAACAGAUGUUGGAAUUUCCUGUUCUUCCUUGGGUUAAGUUUGUAACAGGAUGCGAUGAAGAGUUUAUUCUUGAUACUGUCACAGGCAUUCUUAAGCACGUUUUCGACGCUUCUCGCUAGAUAGGACUUCUGAACAGAGCAACUAAUAUGGUGUGUUACGUUAAGUACGAUUUCAUUGAAAUCUUUCUUCGUUUCUAUGUGCAAACAAGAUGCAAAACCACUUGGAUGCAAUUCUUGUGCUGGUAAAUCUUUGAAUUUACAUCUGGUUGACAAACUUGAAGAUUUCUUGUGUUGGAAUCCAAUACCAAAUUUACCAGUAGGAGUAUUUAAGGGAUGGGAACACUUCUAGUAAGUAGUCUCAAACAAUGUCCGACUGAUUUAUAUAAUUUGGGUAUUCCGUUACG